AUGCCGGCGGACUUCCUGUCGGCGGAGAGCGAGCGGCGCUGCCGCCGGCUGCUGGCGGGGGCCACGGCCCGGCUCCGCGCGCGGCCCGCGGCGGCCGCGGUGCUCGUGCCGCUGUGCUCGGUGCGCGGGGUCCCGGCGCUGCUCUACACGCUGCGCUCGCGCCGCCUGCGGGGCCGGCACCGCGGCGAGGUCAGUUUCCCAGGCGGCAAAUGCGACCCCACAGACCAGGACGUGGUGCACACCGCCCUGCGGGAGACCCGCGAGGAGCUGGGCCUGACGGUACCCGAGGAGCAGGUGUGGGGCCUCCUGCGGCCUCUGCACGACAAGCGAAAGGCCACCGUGGUGCCAGUGCUGGCUGGUGUGGGCCAACUGGAUCCCCAGAGCCUAAGGCCCAACCCCAGUGAGGUGGACGAGGUGUUCGUGCUGCCCCUGGCCCAUCUGCUGCAGGCCCAGAACCAGGGCUACACACACUUCUGCAAGGGUGGCCACUUCGAGUACACAAUGCCUGUCUUCCUGCACGGGCCACACCGUGUCUGGGGGCUCACGGCUAUCAUCACAGAGUUCACCCUGCAGCUGCUGGCACCUGACACCUACCAGCCCCGCCUGGCCAGCCCCAAGCUGCUCAAGGGCUGAGGGCCUGGCCCUCGCCUGCUCUUGCCUCUGUCCUGCAGGCCGGCUGCACUCCAGGACCGAAUAAAGAGGUUGUACCGACUCUGGAGCAACUGUCUUCUGUACCGGGACCCUGACCACGGGCAGGCCCCACUGGACAGCUUCUGGCUGGGGCGCCUCUGUCCAAUCACAGUUACCCACAGCAGCAGGCACUCCCUGUGUGCCAGAUUCUCAGUGCCGUGUGGGGGCCGGUCAUGACCCUGGCUGCGGGAGGCCAGGGCUCAGGGAGCAUAAACACCUUGCAGGGGCCACUGGAAGCUGGGAUUUAACCACGUCCUUUGACUCCAGAGCCCCAGCUCUUAGCCCCUGCGCCGCACAGGUCCUCCCACCGGCGUGCCUGGCUGCCCGAGCGGGCGGCUGCCAUCUGCAGGCAUCCUGCACGUUACUGCAAGUCCCAAGAGGCUGAGCAGCCCCCAGGCAGCAGCUAGAUGCUGCCCUCCCUUCUGCAGGGAAGCGGGGUUCAAUUCAGAGGAGACCUUGUGCUGCGUGGGGACAGCCGAUGACCUUCUCCGCCACCAGUGAAGACGCGAGUCCAAAUGAAUUUGCACUGGGGCGAGGCCGGGGAGCGCCGUCGAGAGCCUCUGCCUUCCACUCGCCCAGCCCAAGCCCUCACGAUGAACAAGGGCCCAAAAAGUAGCGCGCAGUUGUGUUUUCGCUUUUACAGACGAAUAAGUUGGCGCUGGAAACAAGCUGCCCUGGUAGCAGGGAACACGCGCACCAGCCAGUGCAUCCUCAGGGAAGGGGAGGCCGUCCUGGGAAGAGGUUCUGCUUGCAGCACUCCCAGCGUUCUGGAACUCUGCGUGCGGAGUGGACAGGUGUUCUCCAACACUCCACCUCCCUGCAGGACAGCAGGCUCCCGGCAGCCAGGGACCGGGUCACGCAGGUCAUCAUGGCACGGCGCGUGAGCUCACCACAGGUAACAGUGGCGUUAAGAUACCACUUGUGUAGACCAAGGUUCUGUGGGAGAGUUGAGGGGUUGGGUGAUCUGGGAAGCCUUCAUGGGCAGCUGUUACUCAGGGUGACAGAAAACCACCCACUGCCCGACUGUGCCAAGAGGAAUGGUGAGUACAGACUCCUGAAGCAGCGAGCUUCGGGCGUAGCUGCAUCCAGCAACUUGGGGGCUCUGAACUCUGGCUGUGGACUGGCCUUGCGCUCAGGACCACGUCUGCGGGGCAUGCCGCAGGGCAGAGGGUGCUCCAGGUUGAGGCUGGCACAGCACUAGUGCCAAUCCACAGAAAACAGUCGCUCUUCCCGGGCCAGUCUAACCACAAUUGCACUUCACCCACCUGCCUGGGGUCACAUCGCCUUCCCUGCCUGCCACCCCGAAGCCUGCCUGCUGGAGCUGGAAGCAUUGGUUGGCAGGGCAUGGGGCACAGGCCUGGGGAGAAGGGUGAACUUCCACGGCUGAGAGUAGGGAAAGGGCGGCCCCAGAGGACCCCUGGGGGACACGGAAGGGAAGGCUGAGCAGGUGACAAUGGCCCAGUUCCUCGAGUGACCUGGAAAUCUAAGGGAGCAGGAGCAGGCCGGCUCCAAGGGCAGGGGGCAGAAGGGGCCACAAGGCACGCAGCUGGGGCUUUGGAGAAAGCCAAGAGUGAUGUGGAGACGGAGGGGGGCGCCGCCCCCGCAGGGGCAGAGAGGUGCCAGGGGUUGCGCCUCGUGAUGGCUGGCAUUUCUUUCCCGGCCGGGAGAGGGGAGGGGUGAAGUCAUCAACCCCGCUUGAGG